AUGUCUGACGAACAACCAGAAUCUGCGCACGACCAAGCAGAACGCGCCGGCAGCCCAGUCGCCUCCGAUCCGCCACAGGCAACCGGGAUCGCGACAGACAAAGAACAACACGAGGAGCAAGACUCGGCAGAAAAGGACCAUUCACCCCAACACGAUCAGUCAGAGGAAGAGGGAGAGCAAGAGGAAGAGCAAGAGGAAGGAGAGGAAGAAGAGACAGCAGCGCCCCCAUUACCCGACGAAGUCCCCCCACCACUCCCCGACGAAGCACCGCCCGGCCAAACAACGGAUGACGGAUGGGAACCAGUAUGGGAUGCAAACGUGCAAGCAUACUAUUUCUACAAUCGUUUCACAACCCUCUCGCAAUGGGAUAAUCCCCGCAUCCCUCAAUCUGAACCCACGGCCGCGGCCCCAGGCACAGAAAGCAAACCACAAGAUCAACCACCUCUGCCGCAGAAGUCCCCCGUCCUAGGUGGCUAUAACCCCGCCAUUCACGGAGAUUAUGAUCCCACAGCUUCGUAUGCGCAACAAUACGAAGAACAGAAGGAUCCGAACGCGUCCUCUGUUGACCCGACCGCUGCUUAUGGUGCUACUGGAACCUUUAACCGGUUCACGGGUCGAUGGCAGGCAGAUUCGAUCAACCCGGAUAACCACAAUGAUGCGAAUAAGUCGCAGCGACAGAUGAAUGCGUUCUUCGAUGUCGAUUCUGCGGCUAAUUCUCACGAUGGGCGUAGUCUUCGGGCUGAGCGGAGCGCGAAGAAAUUAAGCAAGAAAGAGCUUAAGCAGUUCAAGGAGAAGCGCCGGGAGAAGAAGGAGGAAAAGCGCAGGGCGUGGUUACGGGAUUGA